GCGUGAAGCUGCGUGAAUUGCAUUGUAAAAAACAUAUUUCAAGCUAAAGCGACACAUAAAGAAAUCUGUCCAGUGAGUAAAUUGCGGCGCUAUCUCAGUAAAGUCGAAUAAUUUAGCAAGGGCUAACAAACCAGCGCAAAAAGGAGAAAAUGGUUGGAUCACGCGUGUACGUUGGCGGCUUGCCUUACGGCGUCAGAGAGCGUGAUUUGGAGCGUUUCUUCAAGGGUUACGGAAGAACGAGGGAUAUCCUCAUUAAGAAUGGAUAUGGGUUUGUUGAGUUUGAAGAUUAUCGCGAUGCGGAUGACGCCGUUUACGAACUGAACGGGAAAGAGUUGUUAGGAGAAAGGGUGGUCGUUGAACCGGCACGCGGGACAGCGCGUGGCCCAAGUGGGUAUCGUGAACGAGAUCGGUAUGAUAGAGACCGCCGCGGGGGGGGGCGGUCAUAUAAAAGCAAUUCCAGGAACAGUUCCCGCUAUGGACCGCCGCUGCGUACGGAGUACCGAUUAAUUGUGGAAAACCUGUCGACCCGCGUUAGCUGGCAGGAUUUGAAAGACUACAUGCGUCAAGCCGGAGAAGUAACCUACGCCGAUGCUCACAAACAACGAAAAAAUGAAGGUGUGGUCGAAUUUGCCACCCUGUCAGACAUGAAAACGGCAAUUGAAAAGCUGGACGACACGGAGCUGAAUGGACGUCGAAUCCGUUUGGUUGAAGACAGGGGUGGACGUAACGGUCGCAAUGGGCGUGGACGUUCCCGUUCAUCGAGCAGUCGCUCGAGAUCUCGCUCUCGGCGUCGCUCGCGUUCUCGUUCCAGAUCUCGUCGGUCAUCGCGCAGCCGCUCCAAGUCGCGUAGUCGCUCCAAGUCCAAGAACGGUUCGAAAUCUCCAGAAAAGUCACGUUCUCGCUCACGCUCGAACAAAUCGCGCGACAACAGUAAAUCAAAGUCCCGCUCUCGAUCGCCGAAACGCGAUCGCGAUGAGUCACGCUCUCGUUCGCGCUCUCGCUCAAAGUCGCACUCACGAUCGCGCUCCAAGUCCAAGGAUAACAAAUCUCGUUCGCGUUCCCGUUCCCGCUCCCGUUCACCACGCUCUCACUCACGGUCCCGUGAUCGUUCUCAGUCUCAGGACAAGUCGCACGACAAAUCGCGAUCGGCAUCUCCCAAAAAUAACGAUCACUCUCCGGAGCGUAAUGAAAGUAUGGAGGACUAAACUUUUAAUUUUUGCUUAUGCAGUCAACUAUAUUUGCGAUUCUAGGUCGCAUUUUUUACUUUAACCAAUUACGUUUUCUGUACCACUAUCUACCUUUGGAUGGUCAUUUCCGUCAGUCACAUUAGAAGGUUACGCGCACAUUUGAACAUCAAAAAUAUAAACAUGUGUCCUGCAGGCAGUGGAGAACACUUCGAUUUUGAUCGUAAAAGUUGAUCUCAAAUGCAUCCAAUCCAGCAUACUUUGUUUCAAAAUUAAUCAUACUGACAUUUGAAGGAAAUUAUUUGAAGAUCAACUCUACGCAACCAGAACGGCGGAAGAAACAGAAAGGACAAAAGGGAUUACACAAUACAUAACAGACGACAGGGAGGCGAUAUUGGCUUGCUUUUUUUACGGUGAGAAGGAAGCAAUCGAUAGAAAUGUGUGCUAGCGAUAAAAUUAGUAUUAGUUUCAUUUCUUGGAAUAUAUAGGGCACAAUAGUAGUAUGCACCUGCCAUGCUAUAACUGUUGGAAACCCCGUAUUGAAGUAAAAAUCACAGCAAACAACCAUUCGAACAGCUUGUUUCGAACCACCCACAAAGAGGCGCACUGUUUAAGUAGGUUGGUAGCAUUUGUAGAAGUAAAAUGGUUUUCGGUUUUCGUGAAAUGAAAUCGAGAAAUUGUGCUUCAAGGAGUGUUGUUUUAACUGUUUUUUUUAACAUGAAGAACAAAUGUAAGGAUCGGUAGCCACACAGUUAGUCACAAGGAAACGUGAUCGGAAGUAAGGAAGUAAUCGUAAAUGGGUUUACUUAGAAUGCCUAGUUUGAUCAUUGCGCAUUUUUCACCAAUUCUUAAUAGUUUCUCGACCUGAGAAACCGGUAAAAUAAACCUUAGAUUUUCCUUUUCUUCGGUAAAGAAGCCAAGUACUCCAGAUCCGCUUGGUGUAAACGCGUACUGCACCGAGCUUACCACACAUUUCUCUAUCCAAAUACAUUCUUAAGUACAAAUAAACAUUUGUGUACAUACACAUGAA